AUGUUCAUGCUUAGCAAAUCAGAUAAUCAUAUUCCGAAUUAUGAGACUAUAACGUGCGCAUAAAGAUAAAGAUGCCCUGACUCUAUUUUGAGAGAAACUUGCACCUGGUAAAGAUUUUUAUAUUUUGGCUGCACUAGACUAAGCCCCCCUUAUUAUUAUGGCGAAAUCUCUAAGUACACAAUAUUAACUAACUCCCUACCAGAUCAUUGCUAUUUUAAUUAUGGAGAGCUUUACCCUACCUACAGUUAAGAUCUGAGUGCGUAUGGGUUCUCAGGAAUUUUUAACCCAAAUAUUUUUUACUCUGAUAUGUUUGAAGGCGAUGAUACAAUCCCAGGAGUGUUCGAUUGGCUGAAAGAUUAUUCCUUUGAGAUUUGGACUUAAGGUGAAUUGGAUGCUUGGAUGUGCAAUCCUGAUUGGGCUAGAUCAGCUUACAUGACUAAGAAGAUUAAUUAUGAGGAGUUCAUGUCAAUUGAUUCCUUAUAAACCAAAGAUGAAUGGGUUCAAUCCUUGGCUAAAUAUCCUUACUUAUCCCUUCCCACAUCAAACUAUGUUGUUGGUGUUGCUCUAAACGGUGUUUUCUUCUUCAGUGGGACAUCAACUUUCGGAUAUGAUGCCUUUUUCCCUAGGGCUUAUGAGAAUAAUAUAAAUCCAAGGGAAAUCUUACCAGAUGUUUGCCUAGGGCAAGCCUCCACCUACAACACUUAUAGAUAUCACAUGUUCUCUCCUUGCAUAUUCGAUAAUUCCCUAAAGCUAACUUAAGCUAAUCAAUAAUGCUUUUCUCAUGCAGGCUGCAAAGCAGAUAAACUAACACAUUCAGUUUCAAAGUUGACCUAUAGAUAGAGAAACAUAAUACCCAUUGGAUUAGCAAGAGAUGGGCGAAUGAUAUAUGGACCUUACAAUUAAGAUGGCUAAUUGUGGAAUCCAUGCGAUGUAGAUAUUUGCAAUGGUGUUUAUAUCAGUAGGAUAACAUACGCAUAUGUUGCCACUAUGUUCCAUCCAUACAUCAUCGGCUGCUGGGGACCAGGAAACAUGCUUAACCUGACUUAAUCAUGUUCUACUAAUCCAAGAUAGUGCAUUGAAAAAACUGGAGCAAUUUACAAUUUAAGUAUUUCUUUAUUGACCUUCAUAGCUGCCACUUUAGCAUUUCUGCAAUGA